AUGGAACAGUCUGCCACUCCCGACAUACCGAGUACUGUUCCACCACAACCUCCGCGACCAUCACCGUCGUCCUACAGAAAACCGUCUCCCUCCCAUCUCGUCUCCAGCGAGCCGGGCCCCUCGAACAACACUCCCGACGACCUGACCAGCUCUGUCCCCUCACUCCGCUUUCCCCGGCCCCUUGGGAACCGCCAACUCACCAACUGGAUUUCCUCGAGUUCCCCAGACAUCAUGCAGCCCGGAAACUUCCCCGACGAGGACCCCAGCCUCACUGAGCUGGGUUACGACAUCAUCGGAACCGACGGAGAGAGUCAGGCCGAAUCCACUACGAGCUCGCUCGACUACCAAAGACCAGAUGACGUCCAGAGCCUGACGGGUACCGACAACGGUACCGAUGUCGAUACCAACGAGGCCGAUACCGACUCGUCGGACGACGACGAGACUACGCUGGAUUAUCCGGCUACCCCUAAUGACACUGUCGUCAAGCCCAACGUCGCUAGCCAAGACGAAGACGCCGACGUCGAGACUCUACUAAACCAGAGCCUCGAGCACCCUACAAGCUUCUCCCAACACAGCAUCUCCACUUAUGAGCCCUUGACCUACGCCGAGCAGUUCCAUGCCGAGGAACUGCUUGCGGCGAUGCGAGAGUUCCAUGCUCCUGUUCCGCAUACGACCUCUCCCGAGGGGACGCAGGGGAAGAGAAGCUCGUCGUCCAAGCCAGAACGUGAGGAUACUGCCACGUAUGGCGCGACGUACGAAACCUACAAGCUUGUGUGCAGGCAUAUCAGAGAGAAGAGUCACAUUCUGAUGGUCCUGUCUGGUCUUGCCGUCCUGUACAGUCUUGCCAUGGCCGGCAAAUAUGUCCUGUUCAGUUCGUCAGUCCCAAGAGAACUGUCUACAGUUCCCGUGGCUUCUGUCUCCUCCGCAUUCACCCCUUCGUCUGUGGCCGUGAUGACGCCAUCCUCGUCUGGGGCCUUGUCAACGUCGUCAACUACCCAGAUACUCGAGGCUCUGCAGACUGGCAGUUCGUCCAAAGCGCUUAUCGUUAGCAGCCCUACCGGGCAGCCAACUGUCUGCUCCGUUGAAAUGUAUGAUCGCAGCGAAAUAAUUGUCAAAAUUCCCCAGAACGUCAAGUCAGCCUGGCUCGCAAAGGAUGCUAUACUGAUCGCCGUGAGCCGAGGCGUCCAAGACAUCCCCACCAAGGUAAGCUCUGUGGACGAGGGCUUCCUCAUUGGUGUGCCGUUGGAGGAGGCACACGGUGUUUUGGCUGUUUCCAUUGCCACCACCCGGAAGCCCAGAAUCAACGAGACAUUCCGAAUCAACUUCGGCAACCAUAUGCUUACCGGAGCCUUGGAUGCUGGCAAGCAGCUGGUCAAGGGAUUUGCGCAGAAGGUUGUCGACACCGUCAACGAGACAACGGCAUGGGUUGAAGAGACCUACAUACCGGCCUUUGACGUCAUGUCGAAGCAAGUGUGCGAUCAGACGGCAUCCGUCUCGGACUCGGUGCUUCAGGGCCUUCGGAAUGCGGGCAACCGUGCUCUGGCCAUUCCCACACGCCUGACUUCCGAAAUCGCCACCAAGAUCAAGCAGUCGUUGGACCGUGACAUGAUGGCCCGACGUGCCGAUCAGGCCCAAUCCGAGUUGGCACGGCAGGCUCAAGAUGUUCGCGAUGAAUUGGCCAUGGCCCUCCUCCGAGGUCAACUCAGCUCGAAGCUGUUGUGGCUCAAGCUGCAGGGCAAGACGGAGGAGUACCAGCAUUACCUCGACAAGGCCGAGGUCUACUGGGACGAGCAGCGCGCGGGUGCCGUGCUGGCCAGACGUGAGAGGGCUGAGCGUGUCAAGACGCAGAUCCGGGCUCGGCGGAAGCAGGAGCUUCACGACGCGAGAGCUUCGUUCUGGCGCAAGGGCCGGGCGCGAGCGUAG